AUGUCGAUUACCGAUGGCGCGGUGCUGAAGCGCGCGCGGCGGUACGUGGCGGCGAAUCGCCGGCUCGUCGCUGUUGUUGUUGUGCUGCUGUACUGGGUCGUCCAAAACGUCUGGACCUGGAGCCCCGGGGCGCGCGAUUUGGCACAAGUGGACGCCAAGAUCGAAGCCGAGCUGAGCUCGAAUCUGCACACUUUUGGAGCGCAUCUGCGCCACAUGAACCGGCUGCCGGCAGAGUCGGCGACGCUGCGCGAGAAGCUCACUUUCUACUUCCCGUACUACCGCGAAAAGCCCGUUCCGAACCAGAUCUGGCAGACGUGGAAGGUCGAUCUCGACGACGACGACUUCCCCAAGCAGUACCGGCGGUUCCAGAAGACGUGGGUUCAGAAAAACCCAGACUACGUGUACCAUUUGAUCCCGGACGCUGUGAUUGAGGAUUUCGUGGCGAGUCUGUACGCAAACGUGCCGGAGGUAGUGAGGGCGUACCAGCUGCUUCCCAAAAAUAUCAUGAAGGCGGACUUUUUCCGGUAUCUGGUGAUUUACGCGCGCGGCGGCACCUACUCGGACAUGGACACGGUGUGUUUGAAGCCGAUCAAGGACUGGGCCACGUUUGACCGCGCUCUCGUCCACGCUGCCGACGUCAACGCGGAUCUAUCUGGGAUAGAUCCGGACGCCAGGACCACGCCUGUGGGGCUGGUUAUCGGCAUCGAGGCCGAUCCGGACAGGCCCGACUGGCACGAGUGGUUUUCGCGCAGACUGCAGUUCUGCCAGUGGACGAUCCAGGCGAAGCCGGGGCACCCGCUGCUGCGCGAGCUGAUCAUCCGGAUCGUGGAGGAGACGUUCCGCAAACAGCACAUGGGCGUGCUGAAGAGAGUGGAGGGCAAGGACUCGGGCGCAGACAUCAUGCAGUGGACGGGGCCGGGCAUAUUUACAGACACUCUGUUCGACUACCUGAACAACGUGGCGAGCGACGGCAAGCUGGGCGACGGGUAUGGCGUGGGGUCUUUGUACUGGCGUAAGCACGGCAAGUACAGGCUGAAAAAGACGGAAAUCAACAAGAACAACGAGCCGUUGCACUCGGAGGACCAGCUGAUCAACUGGCGGUCGCUGACCAACAUGGACAAGCCAAAGAUCAUCGGGGACGUGAUGGUGCUGCCGAUCACGAGCUUCAGCCCGAAUGUGGGGCACAUGGGAUCAAAGAGCAGCUCAGAUAGACUGGCAUUUGUGGAGCAUUUAUUUUCUGGCAGCUGGAAGCCAAAAAAUAAAUAG